UCGCAACUCUCUCUCUCUCUCUCUCAAACUCGGACAUAAAUGUCGAACCUUUUCGCUCUCAGAGCGAAAUGGAGGAAAAACCCACCUGCUUCUUCUUUGUUUCAUUAAGGUGGCCAAACCUAUUUGCUCUGUGAGAGAGAGAGAGAGAGAGAGAGAGAGAGAGAGAGACAGAGUGCCGAGUUUGAGUUAUGGGUCAGGGACUGAGUUGCAGAGCGAGUGACGAACAUGGGCUCUUCAGUGCUGUGCAAUUUGGGGACCUUGAAAUGGUGGAGGCUUUGGUAGAGAGAGACUCGUCUAUCUUGCGUCACACCACUGUGUAUGAUCGUCACUCUGCUCUUCAUAUUGCUGCUGCCAAUGGCCAGAUCGAGAUUCUUUCUCUGCUGUUGGAACGAUCUGCAAAUCCUGAUGCGUUGAAUCGUCACAAGCAGACUCCGCUCAUGUUAGCUGCAAUGCAUGGGAAGAUCUCAUGCGUGCAAAAGCUUCUUCAAGCAGGGGCAAAUGUGUUAAUGUUCGAUUCCCUUCAUGGAAGAACCUGCUUGCAUUAUGCUGCUUACUAUGGCCAUGCCGAUUGUCUCCAGGCCAUUGUUUCUGCUGCAAAAUCAAGUCAUGUAGCUGUUUCAUGGGGGUUUGCACGAUUUGUGAAUAUUAGAGAUGGUAGGGGAGCUACACCUUUGCAUUUAGCUGCUCGGCGAAGUAGGCCUGAAUGUGUACAUAUAUUGUUAGACAACGGAGCCCUUGUUUGUGCAUCAACCGGCGGAUACAGCUGCCCAGGAAGCACUCCACUGCAUUUGGCGGCUAGAGGGGGAUCUCUGGAUUGCAUACGAGGAUUAUUGGCAUGGGGUGCAGAUCGUUCUCAAAGAGAUGCUUCGGGGAGAAUGCCAUAUAUAGUUGCUUUGAAACACAAGCAUGGAGCUUGUGCAGCUAUGCUAAAUCCGUCAUCAGCUGAGCCUCUGGUGUGGCCAUCACCGUUGAAGUUUAUUAGUGAGCUUAAUGAGGAGGCAAAAGCUUUGUUAGAACAGGCCUUAAUGGAGGCAAACAAGGAGAGGGAGACUAACAUCUUGAAAGGCAGUGGUUACUCUCUUGCUUCUCCAUCACAUUCUGAUGCACAAUCUGAUAUAGGCAUGUUUGAUAAUAUUUCUGAGGCAAGCGAUUCGGAUUUAUGUUGCAUAUGCUUUGAGCAGGUGUGCACAAUUGAGGUCCAGAAUUGUGGCCACCAAAUGUGUGCGCAAUGCACUGUAGCCCUCUGCUGCCACAACAAACCUAACCCUAAUACACUAUGCCUAACCCCGCCAGUUUGCCCUUUCUGCCGAAGCACCAUAGCUCGUCUGGUGGUGGCAAAGAUCAAGUGUGACGAUGAUGCUGAUCUUGACACUGGUGACAACAGUUCCAAGUUAAGAAAGGCAAGGAAGUCCCGAAACUUCAGUGAGGGUAGCAGCAGCUUCAAGAGCUUAUCGGCAAAGAAUUCUUUUGGUAGAAUGGGUGGUCGUGGCUCAGGAAGGAUUACUGCAGAGAAUGAGUGGGUUGACAAGCCUUGACGCUUGGUGGCAUUUGGCAAUCAAAAGAUUCCCAUAUGCGACUGGGGAUUUUGCUUUCAUGAAACUCUGAAAGAGAAGCAAAUUUAAGGCCAAUUGAUGCAGGAAAAGGAGUACCAAAAAUGGUGCUUCACCCCAUUUGGUAUGUACAGGAAAAAAUGAAAAGAAAAAAAAAGAAGAAACUUACAUCUGUUGUGUAGUUUUGCAAAUGUAGGUUUUGAAAAUAAGCAAAAAAGUGAGUAUUGGGUUUAGGUCUAGUUAGGUAUGCUUGUUAUGCAUAUUUGUUUACUAUUCUUUGGUGAUCGGAGUCGGUUAGAUAUCUGAAUUGGGAAGGGAAAAUUAAAAAGAUCUUUUUCUUGUUCAAUGUAAAAUUCAACAUUCCUUAAUGGCUGCUGCUCUAUCUAUAUCUAGACAGAGAGCUAGUCACAAAUCCUUAUAAAGACUUGAAAGGAUUGAUUCCUAUAAUCCUACCCAGGUCUUCUCUUUCUGCGUGAAGAUGUUAUAUAAAGUUCAUUAUUUUUUACU